UCAAGAUUUUUGUCAGACGUCAGGAUUUUCACGAGGCCAGCAGCGUCAGAUUCGUGGAAAUAUCGAAAAUCGCUUCCAUCAUUUUACUGUCCACGCAAGAAUAAGGACUGCUUCAUUGAGAACAUUACCCAAUUCAUAAAACGUCCCACGUGCUGUGAGAAUUCCGGGUAGCAGAAUUCAACAUUGUAAACCCGUGAAAUCCCAGCAGAAUAUCGCAAAUGGAAGCGAGGAUUUCGAAGCGCAACUUUGUCACAGUCAUGUUCGUUGGCUUUGUCAAUUACUUGGAGUGGUCCAUAGUAAUGGCUUCGAUAUUUCCUUUUAUCAAAAAGAUAUCACAUCUUACACAAGAGUCCCAACAACAGAGAGCACAAGUGUUCCUCGCCCUGGCACAAAGCCUGUUUCCCCUUGGCCAAGGCCUGUCGCAGGCAGCCACUAGCCUUGCGGUGAAAAGGCUUAGAGAGGUUAAAGUUGUACUGAUUGUCACUCUCAUCAUUGCCGUUGGGGGUAAUGCUAUGUAUAUGUCAGCAACCAUUGCUGAUAGUGUCAUACUCAUUAUAGCGGGUAGAGCUGUUGCGGGUCUUGGUGCAGGGAGUGGUGGAGUUGCAUAUUGUUUUAUUGGAGCCAACACUCCUCGUGAGAGUCGAGCUAAAUACAUGGGCUAUUAUCGUGCCAUCUGUAUGCUUGGUGUUUUAAUUGGGACUAUCGUGGCAACAUUACUAGCUGACUUUGAAAAAACAAACGUUGGUAAAGCAACAGGACUGAAUGAGUGCACAGCGCCUGUUGUCAUCAGUAUCACAUGCCUUGUUGCCUCACUUUUCCUAGUCGUCUUAGCUCUGGAUGAGUCAAACUACAUACUAUUAGGUGACGUCCAAAGGCACAUUAGUACGGGCUUUUCCAUACCCAACAGGGGGGUCAUCCUCUGCUUGAUGCUGUUUUUCCUAAAUGGGUUCAUCACCACAUGGGUUGGAUACAUAAUGCAGCUUAUUGCGUAUAACCAUCUGGGAUGGCACCUUGAGGCGUUCGGUUGGCUGACGGUGGGUGUGUCAGCGGCUGCCUCCAUGGGGUCACUUGGUACCACCUUUCUCGCCAAGUCUGAGUGCUUCAGGAGAGAUGGAGAGCGAACCACCAUUACUAUCAGCUACGUUUUCAUGGUAAUCGGGAUCAUGGCAGUGUAUCUUUCGUGCCCUAUGGUUAUGCCUAGAGAGUCUUCAGAAUUCCAGGAAGUGACGUUUGUUAGUGGUGUGGUAGUCGUCUUUCUGAUGUAUUCUGUAUGCGGUGUAGUACUUCCAUGUCUAACCACCAAGUUCGUCGACAAGACAAUGAUUCCUGUGAUCAUGCCGCACUGCCUCGCGGCCAUGUCCUGCGGCAAAGUGAUGGCUCCGCUCCUGGCCAAGGCGGAGCUCCUUCUUGGCUGGGACGCAGUGUUCCUUGGUACGGGGAGUAUGGCUGCUUUGAUUCUCUUCGUCUUUUUAUGUUUGUACCGACCCCCCUCAUACGAGGAGACCCCCUUGCUGCGACCAUUAGACGUGGAGAGAAGUAACAGGUCAGAGUCCGAUUAUAGUCAUGCAUCACAAUGAGGAACCGGAAAGGAUCCUCCUCCCCUACCCGAGGAGACGCCCUUUCCCCCACACGAGGAGACGCUCAUCCCACGCCCUUCUGCCAUGGAGAGAAGUAACAGGACCAAAUCCAACUAUAGUCAUGCAUCACAAUGAGGAACCGGAAAGGAGCCUCCUACCCUACCCGAGGAGACGCCCUUGCCCUCACCAGAGGAGACACCAUUUCUAGGCAUUUGUGUCUUUGAGAGUAGUAAAGGCGCACCAAACAGCCAAAGAAAUCGGCAUUGCUUCUUUAACGUAAACGUAAUGUUUAAAAAAAAAAAAGGAAAACUGGGAACAUUUAUUAUCUCCUUGUGGCGGCAGCCAGCAGUGCAGAAAUAUAAAUACGAGAGUAAGCAAAACAACACAACACACAACAUGUGACUGUAUCGAGUGCAUUUUGAAACACCGUGCAGUAUUACUGCUGUUGAGUGGAUGGGUUUUAUGUAUUUUGUCUGAUGAAAACAUCAUGAGUAAAAAUAAUGUUAUUGACGAUA